GAUAAAUUAUAGAGGGAGAAAUGGGAAAAAAUAAAAAAUCACUCUUUCUCUUAAAAACUUUCUAGUGUGAGAAAACAAAGACAGACACAUCCAGACGCCCACCACCAUCACCACCACCACCACCACCACCCAAAUAACUUCACCGCCAACCACCACCAUCUCAACCUCCCCUAUCAUUUUAAAACACACACAUUGCAAAAUCCACUGCAUAUCAAACACAUAGCAUAGAUUCUUCUUACCUAUCCUUCCAUUUGUCUCCAUCGCUUCAGUUUUUGUUUACAAAACGACUUCUCUUUUGGAUAAAACUAUCCCUUUUCACUCUCAAACAACGCCGCGAUCUAUAUACCUCCGAUCAUCUUUUUUUCCCUUAUCUCAGUUGCGAUCGUUCUCGUUUUGUUUAUAUCGAGGAUCGAUCUGAGAUUGAAAGGAUAUUGGGGGAAUUAAGUGGAAUGUGAUUUGCAUGGGGUGAGGAUGCCAGAAUUGAGAAGCGGAGCUCGGAGAUCGAAGCGUCUUGAUGAUCUUCAGACUCUCCAACAACCGAUCAACCCAGCAGAGAAUUGGAUACAACCUACUCAAAACAAGACCAGAAGAAGAGUUGGUGGUAGAGGAAGAGGUGGCAAUGCUACAGGUGUAGCAAAAGGGGCUUUGCCGGCAAUACCCACAAGGCUGACUGCUGGCGGUAGAGGCCGUGGCAUUAGGUUGAUAGAUUUAGACCCAGAACCUUGUGACGGGGAAGCUGCGGCUUUAGGAGCUGCUGAACCAGGUUAUAAUCGUGUUGAGGUAGUGGCUGACAAAGAUAUUGCAAUGGAAGGUGGGAGUGCAGAGAAGGCAAUAGGAGUUGAAGAAGAAGGAAGCACGACUCCAGUUCCUGAGAGGGUGCAAGUUGGUAAUUCUCCCAUGUAUAAAAUAGAAAGGAAGUUGGGUAAGGGUGGUUUUGGCCAAGUUUAUGUUGGCAGAAGGGUAAGUGGUGGUACCGACAGAACUGGACCGGAUGCGAUUGAGGUCGCAUUGAAGUUUGAGCACCGAAAUAGCAAAGGCUGCAAUUAUGGCCCUCCUUAUGAGUGGCAAGUGUAUAAUACUCUAAAUGGUUGUUAUGGAAUUCCUUGGGUGCAUUACAAGGGCCGUCAAGGAGAUUUCUACAUUCUGGUAAUGGAUAUGCUGGGGCCCAGUCUUUGGGAUGUUUGGAAUUCCCUAGGCCAAUCGAUGUCACCAAAUAUGGCGGCCUGCAUUGCUGUGGAGGCAAUAUCAAUUCUUGAAAAGCUUCAUAUGAAGGGGUUUGUGCAUGGAGAUGUGAAACCAGAAAAUUUUUUACUUGGUCAACCUGGGAGUGCUGAUGAGAAGAAGCUAUAUCUUAUUGAUCUUGGUUUGGCAUCUAGAUGGAAAGACACGUCAUCUGGUCAACAUGUUGACUAUGAUCAGAGGCCUGAUGUAUUCAGGGGAACAAUAAGGUAUGCUAGUGUACAUGCACAUUUAGGCCGAACCGGUAGUCGGAGGGAUGACCUUGAGUCAUUGGCUUACACAUUGAUAUUUCUCAUAAAAGGAAGAUUGCCAUGGCAGGGUUACCAGGGGGAUAAUAAGAGUUUCCUUGUUUGUAAGAAAAAGAUGGCUACUUCUCCAGAGAUGAUGUGUUGUUUUUGUCCUCCUCCAUUUAAACAAUUCCUUGAAGCUGUUACAAAUAUGAAGUUUGAUGAGGAGCCCAACUAUUCGAAGCUAAUAUCUUUUUUUGAAAGCCUUAUUGAACCUUGCACACCAUUAAGACCAAUUAGAAUUGAUGGAGCUCUUAAGGUUGGACAAAAGCGUGGAAGAUUGCUUAUAAAUUUGGAAGAGGAUGAGCAACCUAAGAAGAAAAUACGAUUAGGCAGUCCGGCUACACAGUGGAUUUCUGUUUACAAUGCUCGUCGACCCAUGAAGCAGAGGUAUCACUAUAAUGUAGCAGAUGCAAGGCUGCGCCAGCAUGUGGACAAGGGGAAUGAAGAUGGGUUGUAUAUCAGUUGUGUGGCCUCUUCAGCUAAUCUCUGGGCCCUAAUCAUGGAUGCUGGGACUGGUUUCACUUCGCAGGUUUAUGAACUGUCGGCUGUCUUCCUGCACAAGGAUUGGAUUAUGGAACAGUGGGAAAAGAAUUUCUAUAUUAGUUCAAUAGCUGGUGCAAGCAAUGGAAGUUCAUUAGUUGUUAUGUCCAAAGGAACUCCUUAUACCCAGCAGUCAUACAAAGUUAGUGAGUCUUUUCCUUUCAAGUGGAUAAAUAAGAAGUGGAAAGAAGGCUUUCACGUCACAUCCAUGACAACUGCCGGCAGUCGCUGGGGUGUGGUGAUGUCCAGGAAUGCUGGAUAUUCUGAUCAGGUCGUGGAGCUUGAUUUUUUGUACCCAAGUGAAGGAAUACAUCGGCGAUGGGAAAGUGGUUACAGGAUAACAUCUAUGGCCGCCACUGCUGAUCAGGCUGCCUUCAUAUUAAGCAUACCAAAACGGAAGAUGGUAGAUGAGACUCAGGAAACACUUCGUACAUCUGCCUUCCCAAGCACCCAUGUAAAGGAAAAGUGGUCGAAAAAUCUCUACAUUGCAUCAAUCUGUUAUGGGCGAACUGUCUGCUAAUUAUGGUGUUAAUGUGGGUGGAGUAUCCCAAAACUUCAUAGUUAACAAAUUUUGAAAGCUGGAAGGUACUUUAAGACCAAACAUGGAAUUGUUGGGUUGGCUUUCUCCUGCAAGUUAAAAGUAAACCCAAAGCUUCUCUUAUAGGAUCUCCGCUUACAUUGAUUGUAAAAGGGAAAAAGAAAAAGGGAUAGAGAAAAGAGAAAGGAGAGGUGGUGCCCUGAGCCAAAACCUAAGCUGCUGGGCAAUAGCAUGUUAAAACAUUUAUAUGUAUUUAGUACUUGGUGCUUCAUUACUGUCAUUAUGCUUUGGCCUUUGAGUUGUCAUAAAUGGGAAGACAAAAUUAUAUUGCCA